GCGCUCGCCCGGCUGCCGCCUGCUCUCCCUGCUCGGCCGCGCUCUCGCCUGCAGCGCGCCGCCUGGGUGUUUGCGAGAUCCAUGGGCGGCCGCCGCGAGAGCCAGGAUGACAGAUUACGGCGAGGAACAGCGUAACGAGCUGGAGGCCCUGGAAUCCAUCUACCCUGACUCCUUCACAGUAUUAUCAGAAAAGCCACCCAGCUUCACCAUUACUGUGACAUCUGAGGCAGGAGAGAAUGAUGAAACUGUCCAGACUACCCUCAAGUUUACAUACAGUGAAAAAUACCCAGAUGAAACUCCUCUUUAUGAAAUAUUCUCCCAGGAAAAUCUAGAAGAUAAUGAUGUAUCAGACAUUUUAAAAUUAUUAGCAUUACAGGCUGAAGAAAAUCUUGGUAUGGUGAUGAUCUUUACUCUAGUGACAGCUGUGCAAGAAAAAUUAAAUGAAAUAGUAGAUCAGAUAAAAACUAGAAGAGAGGAAGAAAAGAAACAAAAGGAAAAAGAAGCUGAAGAAGCUGAAAAGCAAUUAUUCCAUGGCACACCUGUUACAAUUGAGAAUUUCUUAAGCUGGAAGGCCAAGUUUGAUGCAGAACUUUUGGAAAUUAAAAAGAAACGAAUGAAAGAAGAAGAACAAGCAGGAAAAAAUAAAUUAAGUGGGAAACAGCUGUUUGAAACAGAUCAUAAUCUUGACACAUCUGAUAUCCAGUUCUUGGAGGAUGCUGGCAACAAUGUGGAAGUAGAUGAGUCUUUGUUCCAGGAAAUGGAUGACUUGGAGCUGGAAGAUGAUGAUGAUGAUCCAGACUACAAUCCUGCUGACCCAGGAAGUGACUCAACCGACUGAUGGACUAUCCCCUUCUGCAGAGAGGCUUGACUGCCACAGCAUCUGUGGCUUAGCUGAGAGGGUUUUGAUUUUCCUUUCUUUUUUUCUAAGAAAAAAAUAAUUUUCAGGAGAAUAUUCUUCUGAUAGCUUUCAUCAUUGAACUUAAUAAACUGACCUUAAAAUUUCAAAUGUAAAAUCUUCAAUUCCUCUUAUUAAUGAGCACAAGGUUACAUAUUUAAAAUCAAUUAGUGUUGGGGAGAGAUCAUGCCUCUAACACCAUGCAUGAAAUAGGCUGCCACUGUGAAUUGGAUUAACUUAGAAUUUCUAUUCUGGAGACACGAGAAUGUUUUUGGAUUCCAUAUGUUAUCAUUCAUAUAAGUAUUAGAAGACGAGAGUGAAAAGAGCACUAAACCUUCUGGAUUCUAGCCUCCAGACACAAUACAUUUAAGUCUUAAUAAAAGCAGAGGCUCAUAUUAUAAUCAGGAAUAAAAUAUUUCAGUCCUAUAAUAGUGUUUGAAUCAAAAUCAUUUGUAGAGAUUUUAAAAGAUGUGCGUUCAGGCUCCUCUCAGGUUAGGUUUGUGAACACUGAGCUGUAAUCAAAAUUUUAAAACAACAAAAUCUUCUUCCUAUUUUAUAGGUAAUUCUGAUAUACAUUCUUGAUUAACAGCCCCUGUCCCACAGGUGUAAAGUCUAUAUAUCUUGAUGUUUUCCCCAUCUCUAACUAAUUGUUCUGGUAGGGUCUGAAUUAUUGGUGUUGUAUGUUGUCUACAAGGGAAAUACACAUCUACAUCCAUGCACUUUUAUGAGGCCUUCUUAUAAUUUGAAGAGAUUGACUUUGGGGCUCCAGUGAGGAGAGCGAGGCUUCAUGCAAGUUAUCCAGUCACUGCUGUUUUGCUUUUAUUUUAUUUUUUAAAGAUUUAUUUAUUUCUUUGAAAGGCAGAGUUACAGAGAGGCAAAGGCAGAGAGAGAAAGAGAGAAAGAGGUCUUCUGUCUGCUGGUUCACUCCUCAAAUGGCUGCAAUGGCUGGAUCUGGGCUGAUCUGAAACCAGGAGCCAGGUGCUUCUUCCCGGUCUCCCACAUGGGUGCAGGAGCCCAAGCACUUGGACCAUCUUCUACUGCUUUCCCAGGCCAUAGCAGAGAGUUUGAUCGGAAGUGGAGCAACUGGGACUUGAAUAGGCAUCCAUAUGAGAUGGCCAUAAGUCACUGCUCUUUUGGAGGAUUAACUCUUAAGCCCAACUGGAAAUCACUUGUGCUAUUGGUAGUAGUUUCCUCCAGGCAAAAGUAUAUAUAUCACCUACCUACAAGCAACAAUAUCAAUCUCACAUUUAUUUUUAAAUUAGACCUCAUGAUUAAAUGCAAAUUAUUAUGAUAAAACCAUCAUUAGACAGUUCAGUACUUUUCAGGGAAUCUUCUGAUUAGUCUUGGCCCCAGACUAACAGAAUGAAAUAGCAAUAAUGUUCAUUUCUAAACAGGGAGAAAUUGACAAAUUUGUGUUAUGUGAGAUUUUGCUCUCUUAAAGAGAGAUACCUUUUGAAGCUGAUUGGCAAAUAACCUGGAAGAGGCAAUUCAAUUAAGGUUAAAAAAAAAAAAAAAGCUAUGGUUAGCAAUGUGCUGCUGCAGUCAAACAUGACUUGACUUUGAAGUGUCAACAAUGCUGCUCCCUUGCCUUCACAUGAGUUUUAAGGGUUAAUUUUAUACAAUUUCUCCAGAUACUGAAAUGGAUUUCUACUUUUGUUAUUUCAGAAUGUAGAUAAAACCCAAUGAAGACUACAUGGUUAGUUCUAAUAACAUUCCCAAAUAUUUUCAUCUCGAGAAACAUUAACAUUGCAUUCUGUGAAUUAACCCAAGAUUAUGCUUAUCAAAUUGGAGCAUUCAUAAUCCCAGGAUGUACAACAGCAAGACCACUGGUAUUUGAAGCAAUAAUUGACCCAUCUUGGAUUAUCAGUUUUGCUAUUGGUUUUCAGAAAAUUUUUGUUUUUGUUUUCCUACUUGUGCCAAGUUGUAUAAAAGUACAGGUUAUAAAUAAACAAAUGUAUAUUCAUCAGUGUAUCUUUGUAACAAUGUCUAGUCCAAGUACUAGGCACUUAAUAGUUUGAGUGAAUAAAGUAUGGAAUAUUCAUGUAUUUAAAGGUAAAAUAUGAAGGGAGGUUCAAAGAAAUUUUCUAUAUGCCAUCUGCAGUUUUGAAUAUUGCUCCUGCCUAUUGGGUUACACUUCAUGCUCUUCUGCCAGCAGGUGUUUGUUAGGGAAAAAGGUGGAUAAAUGCUGAUCUUUGGCAACAUAUGUAAGUGGUUACCUGAAUUUUUGCCAUUUGA